CACCAAUCUCCGAGCGCACGAAAUAGCAAGUCGAAAACAGACUGCACCGUCUGUUUGUUGCCGCCACGCCACUUGAGUCACGAUACGGCGAUACCUGCUUCCCUAAAAAGGGCAUGUGCCCUAGUGAAUGCGAAAAAGGCUACGCAAACCCCAAACUUGCAGUAACAAUUUCCACUCUGUUCAUCAUCCUUGACGUGCAAGGACGACAUUGUCCUCGAUUAAAAAACACAAACCCAGUCAAAGGACCUGCCGCAAUAAAAUCGAAGCCCGAUUUUCACCGUCCCUUCCCUCUUCGGAAAAGCCUCCCUCCAUCACCGAAACUUCGGCAGUGGGAGGAAACAAGCUGUAGGAAGCUUCAAUUCUCACUGAUCGAGUUUCCGCGAUGCAUCGUGUGGGUAGCGUGGGAACCACAAACAAUUCAAGUCGGUCUCGUAAAGAGAAGAGAUUGACAUAUGUUUUGAGUGAUUCUGAUGACACAAAGCAUUGUGCAGGCGUAAAUUGUUUGGCUGUCCUCAAGUCUUCUGUCCCUAACAGGCCUGAUUAUCUCUUCACUGGGAGCCGUGAUGGCACAUUAAGACGAUGGGCACUGGCUGAGGAUGCUGCAACUUGCUCUGCUACGUUUGAGUCUCAUGUUGAUUGGGUGAAUGAUGCUGUUAUCGUGGGUGAUAGAACACUCGUUUCUUGUUCUUCAGAUACAACCCUUAAGACAUGGGAUGCCUUAUCUGAUGGAGCUUGUACUAAGACUCUCAGCCAACACACUGAUUAUGUUACUUGCCUGGCGGCUGCAGGAAAAAAUGGCAAUGUUGUUGCCUCUGGUGGCCUUGGUGGGGAGGUUUUUAUUUGGAAUCUUGAAACUUCAAUUACCCCAAUCUCAAAAUUCCAUGAAGCUAUGGAUGAUGAUUGUUCAAAUGGUGUCAAUGGCUCUGGGAACUCCCUAAUAAUGGCAGGCUUACAUAACAUCAGCUCUAGCAACAAUAUUUCCACGCCCACUAGUCAGUGUCAAGGGUAUAUUCCAAUUGCUGCCAAAGGCCAUAAAGAGUCUGUUUAUGCAUUAGCAAUGAAUGAAGGUGGAACACUUCUUGUCUCAGGCGGCACAGAAAAGGUUGUUCGUGUUUGGGACCCAAGAUCUGGAUUAAAGACUAUGAAGCUAAGGGGGCAUACAGAUAACAUUAGGGCUCUACUUCUAGAUUCUACUGGCAGGUUCUGUUUAUCAGGAUCAUCUGAUUCCAUGAUAAGGCUUUGGGAUCUAGGUCAGCAGCGAUGUGUGCAUUCAUAUGCUGUUCAUACAGAUUCUGUUUGGGCACUGGCCAGCAGCCCAUCAUUUAGUCAUGUCUAUAGUGGCGGGAGAGACCUUUCAUUAUACUUGACAGACCUGCAAACAAGAGAGAGUCUUCUGCUUUGCACUGGCGAAGACCCUAUUUUGCAAUUGGCUUUGCAUGAUGAUAGCAUAUGGGUUGCAUCUACCGAUUCUUCUGUACACAGAUGGCCUGCUGAAGGACAUCAUCCUCAGAAGAUUUUCCAAAGGGGCAAUUCCUUUUUAGCUGGAAACUUGUCCUAUACCCGGGCAAGGGUGUCCCUAGAAGGAUCUGCUCCUGCACCGUUUUAUAAAAAACCAACCUUAACUAUUGCUGGUACACCUGGAAUAGUGACGCACGAAGUUCUCAACAAUAGGAGACAUGUUCUGACAAAGGAUACUGCUGGUUCAGUGAAGCUGUGGGAGAUUACAAAGGGUGUUGUGAUCAAAGAUUAUGGAAAGGUUCCGUUUGAGGAAAUAAAGGAAGAGCUGUUUGAGAUGGUUAGCAUUCCUGCAUGGUUCACAGUGGAUACCAGGCUUGGAAGUUUGUCAAUCCAUAUGGACACUCCCCAAUGCUUCUGUGCAGAGAUGUAUUCAGCAGACCUUAACAUUGCCAGCAAGCCUGAAGAUGAUAAGGUUAAUUUGGCUCGAGAAACCCUUAAAGGGCUCUUGGAUCAUUGGUUGGUGAGGCGAAAGCAAAGAAUGGGAUCUCAUGCUAAUGGGGAAAUGGUAUCUGGAAAGGAUCCUAGUACAAGAAGUCUUAUCCAUUCAAGAAUUGAGGUUGAUUGCAGUACUGAGAAUGAUGCCAUGGUUUAUCCCCCAUUUGGAUUUUCAGUUGUUUCCCCUCCAUCCAUUAUCACUGAGGGCACACAUGGAGGUCCAUGGAGGAAAAAAAUUACUGAUUUAAAUGGAACUGAGGACGAGAAAGACUUACCCAGCUGGUGUUUGGACUGUGUAUUGAAUAAUCGGUUACCUGCAAGAGAAAAUACUAAAUGCAGUUUCUUCUUGCAUCCGUGUGAAGGUUCCACCGCCCAGGUCCUUACACAAGGAAAACUAAGUGCUCCACGUAUAUUGAGAAUUCACAAAGUUAUUAAUUAUGUAAUAGAAAAGACUGUCCUUGACAAGCCAUUGGAUAGCAUAAAUGCCGAAGGUAGUUUGACUUCUGAACCUGCACUUGGGGAUGGAUCUUUUCGAGCUGGAUUGAGUUCUUGGCCUAAGCUUAAACCUUCUAUUGAAAUAUUGUGCAACAAUCAGGUGUUGUCUCCUGAAAUGAGCUUAGCAACAGUGCGUGCUUAUAUAUGGAAGAAAACAGAUGAUCUGAUCCUUAAUUACCGGGUGGUUCAAGGCAGGUGAUAGCAGAUUGUGCAAAAAUGUGGGACUCAAAGUCAUCUGUUUCACUCUCCUCACAGGUGCCUCCCAUGGUCUUCUUUGUACAUGUCCGAACCACUUCAAACGAUUUUUUUUACCAUUUUUCCUUUAGUAGCUGCUACGCCCAUUUUUUCCUGAAUUUGCUCAUUUCGAAUUUUAUUUUUGCGUGUAUAUCUACACAUCCAUCUCAACAUUCUCAUUUCUGUUACUCCAAUUUUAUGCUUUUGUUGUCCCAUGAAAGCUCAACAUUCACUAUCAUAUGAUAUUGCUAGUCUUUUAAUAGUUUGAUAAAACUUCUCUUUAAACUUAUUAAGUACCUUAUGAUUGCAGGUAACUCUUUUAACCUUUCUCCAAUUAAACCACCCCAUUUGUAUCCUAUAUGCAAUAUCUCUAUCAAUUUUCUCGUUUUGUUGAAUAAUCGCAUCAAAUAUUUAAAUUUUUUCACUUGAGGUAUGGUUUAAUCACCUAAUUUCACUUCCAAAUUAUUACUCACUGAUCCCUUAUCAAAAUUAUAAUAUAGAUAUUUUGUUUCACUCCUAUUCAAGUGAAAAAAACCUUUUGACUCUAAUGUUUUCCUCCAUAUCUCAAAUUUACAAUUAGUCUCUUCUCUUGUCUUUGCAAUAAGAAUUGUAUCAUCCACAAAAAGCAUACAUUUAGGAAUUUCCUCUUGAAUAUGCUCAAUGAAAACAUUUAAGACUAGAGCAAACAAAUAAGGACUCAAAGAUGAUCUUUGAUGUAGUUCACUCUUUAUAAGAAAAUUUUUUGUUUCGCCACCAAGCGUUCUUAUACUAGUUAUCACCCCCUCAUACAUGUUUGUAUGGCUCGAAUAUAGGCAACCCGAAUAUCCUUCUUUUUCAAUGCCUUUCAAAGUACUUGUCUCGAUACACAAGCUAAACAUGAGGUAUUGAAAGUUUCAUUGCUCUGGAAAACAAAUAUACUUUUACUACAAAUGAUUUUUAAGGUAUUUUGGUUAUCUGUCAACUUCUAGUGAGUUUUGUGCUUGCUUUCAUCUCUUCAUAACGAAGGGAUGGAUAGUGUAAUUUGAGCAGUUCUCUGGCCGAGUAAUUUAUCUUUUCUUUUUCCAAGUGAAUUAAUGGUAUUUAUAAUGUAAUUCAGUAAUUGAUACGAGUAAAACUAUCCGAAUUGAGAAGGCUUCAGGGCCAAUUUAUUGGCUGGGCUGCUACAAUGAAUGGCAUUGAGGUGAUAAGCCUAAAAUUUUCUCUCCCCAAAAUUGGACAAAAAUAAUCUUACGGACUUUUGCUAAUUUUGGAAUGAAAAAUUGUAUUAUGUCGCCUCAAAGCUGUUGACAUAUUAUGUAUUGACUCUUUUUUAAUUGAUAGUUUUCUGAUCUUUGGUUUGCCAUUUAAUGAAAUACUUCUUGUAAUGCGCUGAU